GAUCAAUAGUCGGUGGAGACGGUGAAUAUUGACACUCGUAAAUCAUUGUGUUGGUUUUUCAUUGUCAAGAAAAAAAAACAAACAACAACUCUACGUGCAUAACAGACUCAGUGCACCUCUGCAGCCAAUCAGAAGCCACAUAACGGUACCUGGCGCAGACAUGUGCCUUGGCUUGAUCUGAGUUGGUGAAUUGAUGGGGUUGACUGUGAGGGCAGACUGAGAGAACUGUCGCUGCUCCGGGACUUCGUCGAGUGUUUCAGUUCAGUUACCGACGCGAUGUCAAAGUCUGGUCCCCAGAAGGGCAGUUCUCUGAGGCUGGUACUGAUGGUGCUGGCUGCAGGCACCGGAGGAACUCUUCAGUAUGGAUACAACCUGGCUAUAAUGAACGCUCCCACAACUUUCAUCCAGACCUUCAUCAAUGAGACGGUGCGGGAACGCUGGGCCGUCCAGUUAGAGGACUACCAGGUGACCUUGGUCUGGACAAUCAUUGUCUCCAUCUUCUCAUUAGGCGGGUUAGCAGGAGCUCUUAUCACAGGACCAAUGAGCAUACACUUGGGAAGGAAGAAAUGUCUGCUGGUGAACAACGUCUUCCUCAUGGCGGGGGCACUGUUCGCUGUUACCAGUAGAGUCGCCAGAUCCUUCGAGAUGAUCAUCAUAUCACGCAUCCUGGUUGGAAUAAACUGUGGAAUCGGUAUGAACGUUCAGCCCAUGUACUUUGGGGAGAGUGCACCGAAGCACCUCCGGGGGGCGGUCUCGUUGACAUCGGCAGUUUUUGCAGCUUUUGGUGUGAUGUUGGGACAAGUGGUCGGACUGAGAGAGAUCCUGGGCAGCGAGCCGUGUUGGCAGUACCUUCUGGCCAGUAAUGCCAUUCCUGGCCUCAUCCAGCUCCUCACCCUGCCCUGGUUCCCUGAGAGCCCCCGAUACCUGCUGAUUGACAGGGGGGACAAGGAGGCCUGUAUAAAAGCUCUCAGGACCCUCCGAGGCUGUGAGGUCCAGAGCAGCGAGCUCGAUGAGAUUCUCCAGGAGCAGGCAGAGACGCAGGGCAUGAGGCCCAGGCGAAUCUGGGAGCUGUUCCCUGAUCGCUCUGUUCGCUGGCAGCUCAUCUCCGUCAUAAUCAUCAGCAGUGCCAUGCAGCUCUGUGGCAACGAUUCGGUGAGAAGUCCGUGGACGGAGGUCAUUUAUGACCUUUCAUACACUCAGCACUACGUAUUCUGGAUGCAGUACCUCAGCAUGGCCUGUGUCUUCACGUACAUCCUCAGCUUCGGCAUGGGACCAGCUGGUGUGACGGGGGUUCUGCCCACAGAGAUCUUUAACCAGGCCGCUCGGCCUGCAGCCUACAUGAUCGCCGGAUCCAUGAUGUGGAUCAACCUGUUCAUCGUUGGGAUGGUUUUCCCAUUUCUGGUGAGUGGACUGAAGGAGUACUGUUUCGUACCUUUCGCGGUGGUCUGCCUGCUGUCGGCGGUGUACGUGGGCAUGUUUCUGCCCGAGACCCAGGGAAAGACUCUGUCGGUCAUCACCAGUGAAUUCAACAGGCUCAACUUCAAAGGCCAGAAUCAAAAGCACUCAGUGUCACCGACGGAGGCUCAGUAUCAGCUGGGUGAAGUCCUUCAUUCCACAUCCCUGUAGAGAAGCUGCUGCUGCUCCGACCUCAGUCCACUCCACUGAGGAACAAACAUGAAGUCUGACAGGUUGUUCCAUCUGAAGCAGUUCAGACGUUGGCCACCGGGCCAUCUUUAAGGUCAGGUCUUCUACUUCAGACAUAUAAACACCAUCAGACAGAAGACGUACAGUGUAGUGAUGACCAAACAACACUACUGUACAAAGACCAGGACUCAGCUUCUCUCUCCUGACAAUGUUUGGGAUUGUAUUCUUUUCACAGACGUGUUGAACGAGAAGUGAAGGAAAUCAUCACUCACCUCACACCAACACUGUUCUCUUCUCUUUAAACUCAUGGGUGUUUUUCACUGAAAAUCAUUAAAAACACUGUAAUCCUUCACAGCUGCUGAUCUCCUUUACCAAGAGAAAUACUAUUACAAAUACACGAAGCACACUGUGAGACUUUUUAGGAAAAUAUAAAAUAAUAAAAAUAAUUUUAAUUAUUAUUAAAAUUAUAUGUUUUUUAACUGUUGCAAAAGUUAAAAAACUUUUGCAACACCUCUGCGCGCCACUUCUGGAACCACUGGUGUUUCACUAGUCGCUACUUAAUUUAUUCACCAAAGAAUUUGAAAUUAAUUUAGGAUGGUGUGUAACAUUUUAUUAGCUAAUAUUGUAAGUGUGUGUUUUGUGUGUGUGGCUGAUGUACAGUGAACUUUUUGAUAUGACAAAUGAGAAUGUAAAAACAAAAGUCAAAUCCUUCUGUAUUGUGGAGAUUUGAUGAAUGUUUUUGUAAUUUAAAUAAAGAGGAAAAUGUCUUGUUGACUGAUUAGCUG